ACCACAAUCAGCUUUUACAAUACUUACAGGAACACUGCCCGUAACUCCAGCUCAAGCUCUGCAUAGUAGGUCGCCGGGAGACCAUAAAUUGGACAUAUAUGCAUGCAACGCGCAGGAAGAAAGAGGAACCUAAUUAACAAUGUGAAGGAGCUUUAAUUCUUGGACAAGACAGCUUGAAACACCUGAAUUUGUUUACACUUGAUUGAUAUUCGCUGGAAAUUGUUACUGGUGUAGAAUUUCACCACUGUUUUACUUGCACAGGGCAGGGUGUUGGAACUCUUUGGAUAAAUCAUGAAUUCGGAAGCUGGUCCCUACUUCAGCAAGGAUCAAUCUUCAAUAAUGCGAAAGAGAGCCCUCCUGUUGAGAAAAGGCUGCAGCUUUGAAAUCCAAAGGACAUCUCCCUCACUUUGUGGGACAGAGGGGGCCCUGGACAAUGAAAAAGGGAUGCUCCGCCUAAUAGGGAACAGCCCAGAAGUAUGCACAAGCUCUGCCUCAGAAGAUCUGGGCUGCAGACGUGGGGAAUUCAGCAGAAAACAUUACGGAUCUGUGGAAUUGCUUAUUUCCAGUGAUGCCGAUGGAGCCAUACAAAGGGCGGGGAGAUUUCGAGUAGAGAACGGGUCAUCUGAUGAGAAUAAUGACUAUACCCCAGGUACGUGGCGCAGAACAGAUGUUCAUUUGGAGAAUCCAGAGUACCACACAAGGUGGUAUUUCAAGUAUUUUCUCGGAAAAGUUCAUCAAAACUAUGUUGGUACUGAUAUAGAGAAGAACCCUUUCUACCUGUCUGUAGUUUUAUCUGACCAAAAUAACCAGCGGGUCCCACAGUAUCGUGCCGUACUCUGGCGAAAAACUGGUACACAGAAAAUUUGCCUGCCUUAUAGUCCUACUAAAACAUUAUCCGUCAAAUCUAUUUUAAGUGCCAUGAACCUAGACAAAUUUGAAAAGAGCCCCAGGGAAAUUUUAUGCCCCGAAAUACAAAAGGAUUUGCUGGUCUUAGAAGAACAGGAAGGUUCGGUAAAUUUUAAGUUUGGAGUUCUGUAUGCCAAAGAUGGACAACUUACUGACGAUGAAAUGUUCAGUAAUGAAACUGGAAGUGAAGGCUUUCAAAAGUUCUUGAACCUUUUUGGAGACACUAUCACGUUAAAAGGAUGGAUGGGUUACAGAGGAGGACUAGACACUAAAAAUGAUACAACAGGAACACAUUCCAUAUACACAGUGUAUCAAGGGCACGAAAUCAUGUUUCAUGUGUCUACUAUGUUACCAUAUUCUAAGGAAAACAAACAGCAGGUAGAAAGGAAGCGUCACAUUGGAAAUGACAUUGUUACUAUAGUAUUUCAGGAAGGUGAUGAUUCUUCCUCAUCAUUUAAACCAUCAAUGAUUCGGUCACAUUUUACACAUAUUUUUGCCUUAGUUAGAUACAACAAGCAAAAUGAUAGUUACAGGUUGAAGAUAUUUUCUGAAGAAAGUGUUCCUCUCUUUGGUCCUCCUUUACCCUCUCCACCUGUGUUUACUGAUCAUGAGGAAUUCAGGGAUUUUUUAUUAGUUAAAUUAAUAAAUGGAGAAAAGGCCACUUUAGAAACACCAACAUUUGCUCAGAAGCGCCAGCGAACACUAGAUAUGCUUAUACGAUCGUUGUAUCAAGACCUGCUUCCAGACUUGCAUAAAAACAUGCUAAAUAGAAGAUCAUUUAGUGAUGUCCUUCCUGAGUCACCUAAAUCUGCACGAAAAAAAGAGGAGGCAAGGCAAGCCGAAUUUGUUCGUCUUGGGCAAGCACUGAAGUUGAAAACUAUUGUAAGAGGAGAUGCCCCAACUAGCCUUGCAACAACAGGCUUGUACAGGAGAGAGCCAUGGGAGUCCCAGAUGUUCAGCAGCAAUUUUCCAUACGAAGCAUUCUGCAGUGAUUCCUGGGGCCAGUCCUUGCUAAUUUCUACCGAUGUUGGAAUGUUACUACUAGAUGAGAACCAGCCUCCAGUGCCAGUGUUUGACAAAACUCUGUCGGUGAAGCAGAUGCAUGUGCUUGAAGCUCAGGAUCUUUUAAUUACCAGGGUGGAUAAGGGAAAAGAUGCACGCCUGUUUGUCUUCCGACUGAGUGCUAUACGAAAAGGGCUGGAAGAAAAACAAGUAGUUAAGAGCAAAUAUGACUGCCGAGAAAACAAGCUAGAAAAAACAAAAGGAUGUCAUUUGUAUGCGUUUAACACUCACCAUGGCAUGGAAUUAAGAAUCAUUGUGGCAAUUCGCAACAAACUGCUUCUUAUUACUAGAAAACACAUUCGAUCAGACAGUCUGACCAGCGUCUCAAUGAUGGUGUCACAAUCUGAAUCACCAGUUGAAGAAUUCCAGUACAUCAGGGAAAUUUGUCUGUCAGAUCCUCCUUUGGUAAUGACUUUGGUCGAUGGACCUACUGGUGAGAAUGACAACAUGAUCUGUGUGGGUUACCGACAUCAGUUUGAUUUAAUUAAUGAAAGUACAGGAGAAUCCUACAGAUUGUAUCAUGUUGAUGCAAGUAAGGUUAAUUUUGUUGCAGCUAUUGAUGUUUAUGAAGAUGGAGAAGCUGGUCUGUUGCUGUGCUAUAACUAUGUUUGUUUAUAUAAAAAGGUCUGUCCUUUUAAUGGCGGCACACCAUUGAUCCAGCCUUCUGCCUCCGAUUUCCAGUUUAGCUGGAACCAAGUUCCCAAUGCUGUUGUAUGUGCAUUUCCUUACAUUCUGGCCUUUACUAUCGAUUCCAUUGAGAUUCGUUUAGUUGUGAAUGGGAACCUUGUGCAUACAGCAGUUGUGCCACAGCUUCAGCUCGUAGGAUCACGGUCAGAUAUAUACUUCAUAGCGGCAGCAGCAACGGCAAAUUCCUCAUCAAGCAGCAGUUCAAAGGAUACCACCUCACAUAAUUCUCCGCAGACGCCAACAGGCCAGGACUUGCCAACAUUCCCUAUCCAGCCAGGGGAAGGAGAAGUUCAACAACAUCACCUCUACAAGAUUCCUCUCAGUAACCUGGUUGGACGAAGCAUAGAGAGACCCCUCAAGUCACCUUUAGCUAUUAAGGUGGUUACCACCCCAACAUCUAGUGGGGUGACAACAGUUCCUGUUGGACAUUCUCUUUCUUUAUCACGUAUGGAAAUUAAAGAAAUAGCCAGCAGGGCACGUAAAGAAUUGCUGGGUGAUCCUUCCCCUUCAAAACCAGAGACUGCACCAAAACAGAAGAAAAUGCACAGAAAACCAGUAGAAGAUGACUCAAGUCAAGAAACAAUUCAGUCAACAAGCAGUGAUAGGAUACUCUCAGGCUCCUUUGAUACUGACUCUGAAGGACACCAUCCACAUUACUCCACCAGCUCAGACGUAGACAUGAAUGCAUUUAGAGAAGAAAGUCCUUCACUGAGUAGCCCUUUUCAGUUAAAUACAUCAUUUGAUGAAGACAUCGUUGACCUGAAGUGAUGACAAUCUAGGGAUUCCUUCUACUCUGCUGUCUCCCUCACAGUCCAACAAGUCUGUAGGGAUGUCACAAAAAGAGUUCUGCUGUAAAACAGAGAAAUGUAAGAAAUGGUGCCAAUGCAUUCAUGGGCAAAUUCUGGGGACCACCCUCUUACACUGGUUUCUGCUUCUUUUGAUGGAGUUUUCAUAUUUUAGAUUCCAGUUAUCUGAAUUCUAAGCCCACUGUACUGAGUAUUUGUUAAUAAUGUACAUAAUAUGUAGUUUACUUUCAUCACAAGAACAGCUGCAAUUCUUAUGCACAUUUGAUCUAACAGUUAUGAUUUAAACAUCAUUUAAGUAGAAUUUCCCAACUUAGAGCACUUUUCAUCUUGAAAAGUUGCUAACUGAUGGUUAUGCAGAUUAGUUAUUCUCCCUGUAUUUUUGUAAAGUACUUUCAGUGUUUUUGCCUUAUCAUAAUGUAUCCUAGACAUACCUUUGUAUAUAUUCAGGGUCCACCUGACAGUGGCAAACAUUGUUUGAUGUUCUCUAUAAUUCCAGGCAACCAACAGUUGGUCUGUUUUCAGGUGAACAUAAAUAGUGUGGGCAUUCUCAGUCAGCAGUGCUUUUUGGCUAGAACAAAACUCAUUUUGGUACUGCAGACUAGUCACCCAAUAUUGUUGUAAAUCACAUUUUUUAUCUUAUUUUGCAUACUCGUUUACAGAAUUUCAGGUCUUAUAUAGAAAUAGUAAAAGGGAUAGGCUUGUUAUUACAUAUUAAAACAUAAAAAAAAAUUUGAAAAAAAUGUUAAAAGUGAGUUUUCCACCUGUCUCCCAAAUUUAAGGAAGAAAUUGUACUAUAUUGUACCCUAUGUUAAAAUGAUCCCCUUUUGGCUCAAGCAAAAUGCCUUAAAAAUGCAAUUUCCUUAUUCACUAGUCCCAGUUUUGGUCCUUCUUACUGAUUCAUAAAUUAUUACUGUUCCUACAAUUCCAUGAUGUGGUUGACUGUAAGAAGACCCCCGCCCCCAGGAAACCAGCAGAACAUUCCUGCUUCUUUAUUCUCAUUUCUUAAAUUCUUAAUAAAAUGCCACAAACAGCUGUCGCUGCACACAAAGCAUCAUUUUUCAUACAGUCGUUUUGCUGCUUUAGACCUUUCCCACCUUGUAUGUCCAGAUGUCUUUCAUGCUAUCAUAUGUAAGCAAGAUAUUAAGGAUUAUAACUAUAAAUAUGUUUAGUUAAAUUGUAUAUUCCCAUUAAAAAUAAAAUUCUGGAUGGCACAUGGAAAAGGCAGAAUAGUAAUAUAAUUAGCAUUGCUGCCUCAUAGCACUUUCUUCUCAACUUUAGUGCAUGGUUGGGAUGCCUUUGAGGAAUAUGCAAGUAUGGGUAUAUAUGGGUUUUCAUCAAAGUCUUUUGAUUUCUCCCAAACACAUGCUGCUAGGUGAAUUAAAGGUCCUGUAAACUGCCUGUAUUGGGGGAGGGAGUGUGUGUAUGUGUGUGUGCUUGCCUAUCCAUGGAUUGGUAUCCCAUCCAGGAUUAGUUUUCUGCAUUGUUUGCUGAGAUAGGCUCUAGCUUCCCUACAGCCAAAAAUGGGAAGAACAUUGUGUCAGAAAAUGAAUAGACUCAUGAAUAAAAAUAUUAUUAAAUCCAUUUGUAACUGACCAGGACUUGAUAAAUAACAUUAUCUAAAUUAAACUGGGAUGACAAAGAUAAAUCAUGAUUUUUUUCAUGAUAAUAAUCCUAGAACAAUUAGCUGUAGUAUGUCUGUUACUUACAAUCUAGAAGCAGACUUUAUUGUAUUUGCGUAUUGGAAACCUAAUGUGAUGUUUUUCAAGCCAGUUAUUUGGGUCAUUCGCUACUUACUUUUUACAUGCAAGGGCUAAAUAUUUUUGAUGAACUUGCUGAAUAUGACACUGACAUUUUUGUUUAAAUACUACAAAAAUGCCAUGUAAACUCAAUAAUUAGAAUUAUUCUUUUUAAGUGCAAAUGACUUUUUUGAGUGGGUAUUUUUGACUGCCUUAGUAAUGUUGACUGCUUUUAUCUGAUAUUGCAAGUGAUCUGAUAGCACCUAAACAUGUGCCUUUAAUGCACAGGAAAGAAAUAUGGGUGAAGAGUAUAGUACAUGUAUUGUACUGUGCAAAUGCCCUAAAGCAAAGCUGCAUGUGUUCUCAAUGAAUAAACACAUACAAUUAAAAUAUAGAGAAAAGGAUUUCUCUGAUUACAUCUUAUCAGCUGUCCUAAAGGACUACAGUAUUUAAAAACUUCUGUCAUGCGAUAUUAGAAUCUGACUACCUUCUGCUUAGACAUCACAUUAUUUAAGAAAAACAUCUACUGUCUUUCCUAAUUUGUUAACUGGUUUAAAAAGAUGUGUUCUGAUCUGCAUUGUUGUGAAUGCAGUUAUGUGGAUAUGAUGCUAACUGAUAAUCAUUUCUGAUUUUAAAAUGCUCUAAAAUAAAAUUGAAAAACCUGAAUUUUCUUACUACUGCAUGGACCUAGGCCACAACAAUAGUGUACAGUGCUUUUUUUUUUUAAGAGCAGAAACUUCAAGUAAAUGUGGUGCUUAGCUUCCCUUUAAAUAGAGAGAAAAUUGAUCACUUUUAUAUUGCAUACGUAUGUUUGAAACAUUUCACAACUGUAUUUCAUAAUAUAUUGUUCAGUGCCUCUUCUUUAAAUCAAAAAUCCACUGUACCCAUUCCCUGUAUUCAUGUUUGUCAAGCAGUAUGUGUAAAUAUAUUUAAUGUGAUAUGCCAUGUGGGCAUACAGGAGUAUUCAGCAGUGAUUAUUUCCAAAAUAAUGUGGUAUUGUGGCAUCCCUACAGUGCAACAAUUGUAUCUGCUUGUAUAAUGCAUGUCUGUUUUGCCCAGUUCCUGCUAUUGCACUCAAGAAGACCAACAACCUCUGUUUACCUGUCUAAAUGUGAACUCUUGAACACGACUAUGAGCCUUUAAGAGAAAAAAAAAAUAAUGGGGGAUAUUUUUGCAGAUUUAUUUAGUUCUUGUUAUUUAUUAAGUAUUUAUCCUGUUAAAUGGGAAGCGUUGGCAAAUGUUUGUAAAAUUUGUUUUAUCUUUUUGUUUGUUUUGUCAAACUUGUUUUGUUUUUAUCGGGCCCAUGACUUUUAGCAAUGGUUUUGUACCUAAAUUGAUAUGUACUGUUAGACUGUUGCUAACCUCUGUGAUAUAAAAAUGAAUACCACCAAGUGUCUUAAAAUAUCGUAUCACUAUUGUUUUUAAUGCCAAGUAAUAAUGUAAAUGUUCUGUGUUUACGAACGUGGACUGUACAAAAUGAAUAAUGAAUAUUAUUAAUAUUAAAUCUAUUUUAAUGCUGUAGACCACUGCUGUGAAGGUAUUUUUGUUCCUUGUUAUGUAAUAAAUAUUUAUGAAAUUUGA